AUGCUCGCACUAGAUAAUAAUAAUAGAGAGGCGUUGACCCGCAAGCGAAAAUCGUCCGACUCGGUGAUGUCAGCCAAGGGCCCGCGCCAGAAGAUCACCCGGGCCUGUGACUCGUGCAAGGGGAAGAAGACGCGGUGUACGGGUACCUUGCCCUGCACCCGCUGCACCCGUCUGUCAUUGCACUGCAAAUACAACGCCGCCUACUCGCGAGGUCUGCCACCGGAGCCUCUGCCUGCAACUGCUUCUCCACCCAUCGCUAGCUCGGCGUCCAACAGCUUUCGGCGGCGUGCCACCGAGUCCGCCGGAAAUGAGGAUUUCCAGCAACCGGCCCGCAGCCAGCGUGCCUUGUCACCGCGGAACUCCCCGGAGCCGGGAUCUACGUUCGAGGGCAAUUAUCUCGGCCCGUCGUCGGGUGUCUCGUUCCUUAAUCGGGUAUGGAGUCGCCUGCACCAGGAUGAGACCACCGCCAUCCCGGACGAGCUGCAAAAUGAGUCGUCCAAGAGCGCCGCCGUGUUCAUGUUCGGUGACACGCCAUUUCACAACUCUCAGAAGAUUGAAUUCACCCUCCCUCCCUUUGAGAAGGCGCUGGAGCUGGUCGGCAUCUAUUUUGAUUUCUCCAUCGUGACCUACCGCUUCCUACACCGGGGUAGCGUCGAGCAAUGGGUUCGCCAGGUGUAUCAACAUGAUACGUCGCUCUCGAAUCUUCCCACCGGAAACAUGGUGGCCAGGACGGCCAUCGUGUUGAUGGUCUUCGCUGUCAGUACUUUAUAUCUGGAGAUGCGGCCGGGGAUGCCGGAUGGACGCAAUGAAAGUGAACGCUGGUAUGUGGCUUCGAAGUACAUGUCUUCGCUUGAAUCAGGACCACCGCGGCUGGAGACUAUUCAAGCUCGACUAGGCCAAUGCCUCUACCUGCUAUCGACUUCUCGUGCCAACGAGUGCUGGUAUCUGUUUGGCACAGCCCUACAAGUUGUCACGGCUCUUGGUUUACACCGGAAGUGGCCGUCGAAACUGGCGAAAGGUUGUUCGUUCCUCGAGUUGGAGCUGCGCAAACGUAUCUUCUGGAGUGCGUACACCUUGGACAAAUACCUGAGCGUCAUGUUCGGGCGACCACGACUCCUGCACGACGAAGAUAUUGACCAAGAGCUCCCGGAUGAGAUUAAAGAUGAUGACCUGCUAGAAGAGGAUCCAGCAAAGCGGACGGGCCUCGGACGCAUUAUGGGAGAAAUCUCGCGCCAACUUUACAGCAUAAACCCUCUGUCCCGCAACUCGCCACUGGAGACGGCCGUCCGACUCACCUCCGAGCUAGAAAAAUGGAAAGAGAGCGCCCCGCCGUUAUUCAACAGCGUCAGAGCAACCAGCCUAAUCCCGCCACUCUGUCGACAAAGCCAAGUGUUACAACUCGCAUACUCCCAUGCAAUGAUCCACGUCACACGCUCAUUCCUCCUAAACGAUUUCACCGAUCUCAGCCGCAGGCCGAAAGUAUCGCGUCCGAUGGUCAGCACAUAUGUGCAAAAGUGCAUCGAGGCCGCCGAGGACGUGAUGACUCUCGUAGAUGAUCUAGCCCAACAGGGCAUCCUGAUCCAGUCCUUCUGGUUCACGCAUUAUGUGUGCUUCUGUGCCAUCCUCGUGGUCUACAUACAUACCAUCCAACAACACCGUCAAGCGCUCGCGCCGAGCCCUUCAUCAUCCACAUCGUCGGCCGCCAGCCCCGGAGACGCCGAUAAGCUGCGCUACCUUUUCUCCCUUGCAGAGACGUGCCAGCAGCAUCUGGCUGAGGCUACGCGCAAGAAUUGCCCGAGUCGGCGGUAUAGCAUCAUCCUCGAGGAGCUUCGACAGGAGGUUCAUCGACAGAUUGGAUCCGCGGGUCCUGAUCCGUCUACGUGCCGGCAGGAGCCUGGCCAUCAUGACAAUGCUACCGUGCAAGAGACACUGCCGUCAACGAAACCCGAACGGCCUGUCUCGUUGGACGCUGUUCCCAUGGAUUAUUCGGCCAUGUCUGAUGUCUUGCAGCCUUCUGAACUCGGUGCCUCAUCCAUUCCUCCAAGCGAUGACCAAGGCUUUCUGGAGAAUCUGGAGGGCUCUAUCUGGUGGGCUCAGCUUGAUUCUUGGGCCUUGUCGAGUUUCCCCAAUGAUCCGUCCACCUUUAGUUUGUAA